ACGACGGAGGAUACAAACUGCCAUUCUCUCUCUCCUCUACUUCUUGUUGUUUCCUUCUUCGGCAGUGAUGGAAAUGUGUACGUUAGAGAAGCGGGGCAGUGUCUUCAUCCUAACCCUAACUGGACUCAACGAGCACCGUUUCAACCCAGCCCUCCUCGACUCCAUCCAAACCGCCCUCCACCGAGUCCGCUCAGAAUCCUCCUCCUCAACCGCCCUCAUCACCACCGCCCACGGCAAAUUCUUCUCCAACGGCUACGACCUCGCCUGGGCCAAAACCGCCGACACCAACCACCGCCUCAAACUCAUGGACUCCAAGCUCCGCUCCCUUAUCGCCGACCUGAUCUCCCUCCCCGUGCCCACGAUCGCUACCGUCACCGGCCACGCCUCCGCCGCCGGCUUCAUCCUCGCUCUUUCCCACGACUACGUCUUGAUGCGCAAGGACCGAGGGUUUCUAUACAUGAGCGAGCUCGACAUCGGACUGCCUAUCGCCGCGUGGUUCGUGGCGGUGAUACGGAGCAAGAUCGGGUCGCCGACGGUGAGGAGGGAGGUGUUGUUGAGGGCGGCGAAGCUGACGGCGGAGAAGGCGGCGGAGUUGGGGGUGGUUGAGGCGGUGGAAGGUGGAGCGGAGGAGACGGUUGCGGCGGCGGUGAGGUUGGGGGAGGAGUUGGUUGGGCUGAGGUGGGAUGGACACGCGUACGGUCAGAUUCGGAUGGCUGUGUUUGCGGAUUUGCUGAGUGCCGUCAGAUGUGACGAGGAAAAUGACAGUCUCGCAGUUAAGGUUGCAUCAAGACUUUAAUAAAGCACAUGUUGGGCUUGAAUUGAUAGGAAUAACGGUCCUGGUCCAUGUUUAAAAGUUGUGCUUCAAGUUGUUGUAACGAGUAAGAUCUGGCUACGUUCUGCUCUCCGCUCCAAUUUUUUCGCCUAAUUUUGGGAUUCCAAUUUAUUAAGAGUGGCUACGUUCUACUCUUCGUUUCAA